AUGACAGAUGGCCUUCUCAAAGAAUUUGGCCACAAAAUGCAGGAGAUAUUUGGAAUGGAACAAUCAAGAACAUCAGGUUCUGAAAUGGAGAAAACUAACAUGAAUGUCACCACUGGAACUCAUAUCGAGUUACAACCAGUUUGGCCUCAGCGGUAUUCAGCAAGCUCAGAUUUCACUUGGUUUGUAAAAUUGACUUCUACUCAAAAAACAUAUCAGAUACUGAAUUGGAGAAAUGGCUCAAAAGUAACAUUUAAAAAUGACAUGUUUCAAAACAGAGUUAAUGUUACAGCUGAGAACUUGACUCUCUUCAUUAACUCAGUUCAGAAGCAAGACAGUGGCCUCUAUUAUAUGACCAUCACAAAUCCAAAGGGACAUGUUGAUAUUACUACUCAGUUCCAGGUUUCUGUGUAUGAUCCAGUCCAGGAACCAGAGCUUCAAGUGACUUGGGAACCAUGGAAUAGCACUUUGUGCCAUGUGAACCUGUCCUGCCUUGUUAAAGGGAACAGUAAUUUGACGUACAUCUGGUACAGGGGAAGAGAGCAAAUUAAUACCUCAAGACAAUAUUCUCAUAUACAGCUCCCAAUCCAAGCCAAGAACAUGAACAAUUCCUAUACUUGCGAAGUCAGCAAUCCAGCUAGCUCAAGGAGUCAUACCAUCAACCUUACUUGGGCAUGUCCUAGUCCAGUUUACAGUUCAACCCCAGAAAUGCAGUUGCUGAUGAUUUUGGGUUUCUCUCUGAUUCCCCUGACCAUGCUACUCCUCAGCAUACUUAUUUGCCUGUAUAUGAAAAGGAAGAAGCAGCAGCAGCCAGUAACAGAUAUGAACAUGACAGUUUAUGAGAAAGUUAAUUAUGGUAAGCCACGGAGUAAUCAGGUGCAGAAUUUCUGUGGAAAAGAAGAAGGAAAGACCUUGUAUGCAACAGUCCAAUUGCCCAAACAGCUUCCUGCUUCCAGUCCUGCUGAUCAGAGUAAAACAUUGUAUUCAACAGUACAAUUCCCAAAGCAAAAACCUUCCUCCAAGCAGAUGACUGUCAAGUCAUCCAACUCAACCACUGUCUACCAAGAGGUCCAGAGACCCAACCGACUAUCUCGUAAGGAGCUGGAGAUAUUCCACAUCUAUACCUAA